UUAACAAAACCACAAGAAAAAAAAAAAAGAAUAUUACUUGCCACAUGAAGCAUGCUCUUGGGGAGUAAGAAGAUUGAAAAGGCUCUGAUUGUGUUUGCAAAGAGAAUUGUGAGCAGUUUUUUUCAUCUCAACUAACCAUGAAGACAGAAUCUCAACCCCAGCAACUGAAUGUAAUUUUUCUUCCAUAUCCAGCUCCUGGCCAUAUGAACCCCAUGGUAGACACAGCAAGGCUAUUUGCCAAGCAUGGUGUUGGUGUUACCAUUAUCACUACCCCUGCUAAUGAUUUGACUUUCCAGAAAGCCAUAUAUAGUGAUUUCAGUUGUGGAAACUGCAUCAAAACACGUGUGAUUCAAUUCCCAGCAUCCCAAGUUGGUCUCCCUGAUGGGGUUGAAAAUGUCAAAAACGUCACUUCAAGAGAAAUGUUGGACAAAAUCAGUCUUGGACUAUUGAUUCUCAAAGAUCCAAUAGAGCUUCUGUUUCAGGAAAUGCAACCAGAUUGUAUCGUGACUGAUAUGCUUUAUCCAUGGACAGUGGAGUCUGCUGCAAAACUAGGCAUUCCAAGGCUUUACUUUUACAGCUCAAGCUACUUCACAAGUUGUGCUGGUCAUUUUGUGCGGAAGCAUAAGCCUCAUGAAAGGAUGGAUUCUGAUAACCAGAAGUUUUCAAUUCCUGGCCUUCCACAUAACAUUGUGAUUACCACUCUGCAGGUGGAAGAAUGGGUAAGAACUAAGAAUGACUUCACAGAUCAUUUGAAUGCUAUAUAUGAAUCAGAGAGCAGAAGCUAUGGAACACUGUACAACAGUUUUCAUGAACUUGAAGGUGAUUAUGAGCAACUUUAUCAGAGCACAAAGGGGGUCAAGUGUUGGAGUGUAGGACCAGUUUCAGCCUUGGUUAAUCAGCGUGAUGAAGAAAAGGCCAAUAGGGGACACAAGGAGGAGCUUGUGCUAGAGUCAGAGUGGCUAAACUGGCUUAACUCUAAGCAAAAUGAUUCUGUACUUUAUGUAAGUUUUGGAAGCCUAAUCAGGCUCCCUCAUGCUCAGCUUGUUGAAAUCGCUCACGGGCUUGAAAGUUCUGGUCAUGAUUUCAUCUGGGUUAUUCUAAAAAGGUGUGGAGAUGGGGAUGAGGAUGGUGGAGACAAUUUCCUGCAAGAUUUUGAGCAAAGGAUGAAUGAAAGAAAGAAGGGUUAUAUCGUAUGGAACUGGGUGCCACAGUUGCUGAUAUUGAACCACCCUGCCAUUGGAGGUAUUGUGACUCACUGUGGUUGGAACUCUGUUCUUGAAAGCUUGAGUGCUGGUUUGCCAAUGGUCACAUGGCCUGUAUUUGCAGACCAAUUUUACAAUGAGAAGUUGGUAGUUGAUGUCUUGAAAAUUGGAGUCCCAGUGGGAUCAAAAGAGAACAAGUUCUGGACGCGUAUUGGUGAGGAUGCAGCAGUGAGAAGAGAAGUGAUUGCGAAGGCUGCCAUUCUGCUGAUGGGAAAAGAAGAGGGUGGAGAAAUGAGAAGGAGAGCAAGAAAACUUAGUGAUGCUGCCAAGAAGACUAUAGAGGAGGGUGGAUCCUCUUACAACAACUUGAUGCAGUUGUUGGAUGAGCUAAAAUCAUUGAAAAUGUCAAGAGAACUUGAGAAAACAAAUUAGAUAACUGAAAUGGAGGAGUGAUUUCGGUGAUUCAGCAUGUAUUGCAGAUGCAUUUUAUAAAUAAGAUGGAAUAACAUCUAAGUGUGUCUUUAUUUUCCAGCUAAUUUUUAUGUUGAGCUAGUUAAUUAUUUUGUGCACUCUUCUUAUAUAAGAUUUUAGAUUUUAACAAGCCACUUGCGUGGCAUAUUUUGAGUU